CUGUCUUCUUAUGCGUUUCAGGGCACAACAGGAUCCGGGAACCAGUCCGAAAAAAAACACACAGACAAGCUAAGCUUUGGCGCACUACAGUUAGUGUUGUAGCUCCAGUAAAAAAAUCAGUGCAUUGCGAUCGAUUUGUAACAGUUUACAAUUAAAUGACGUCGUGAUUCGCGCUUUAAUAAAAUUAUGCCAAAGCACUUCAAGGUAGAAAGGCUUUCAACUGUUUUGCUGCAAGAGAAUAUGUCGUAAAGUAGUGUAACUAGACUGCGAGUGUGUUACAUGAGCACGAUGUGAGCAUCGGCCCAACAGUUGUUUCAACCCGCCAUCUCUGAUAAUGGCCCGAUACCCAGGAGGUGGACAGUUACCCCCCAUCCACUGGGACGACAGGGACAGCCCAAGCCACCCCCGUCCCUUGGCCGGCAACAAACAGGUGUAUUUUGGUAGUCACGGGUCGCCGCUGUUUGACGACAGCCCCCACAGCGCUAUCGUGUCCAGGGCAGUGCUGCUGGAGCAGGACUUUGCCAACAAUUUGUCCCAGGGUCAGGGCGGGUCAGUGUUGUGGCAGGAGAGAAACGCCCAAGCCGUCUUGCAAGACUACAUUCACACCGUGACGAUGGCCAUCAAGAAGAUCAGUAAAGAAAUGGAGGCUAUCGAAGAACAACUCCGUAACAAAGAACGAGCAACUGAACUCACAACCAACUCCCUGAAAAACCUGGAACUACAGCACGUAGGCUCCAUCUCUGAUCUGAGACAGAGAGUGGGCAGGUGCGAUGUAUCCAUUGCCAAGCUGUCCGGAGAUUCACGUAGGACAUCAGAAUCUUUGGCAGCCAUCAACAAACAGGUGCAAGAUCAAAGUAUACAGCACGGGAAGACAGUUAGUGACUUAGAAAUAAAGAUUUCUAGACUUGAGACGCAGCUGGCCAAGAGCACCUCUGACCAGCACUCGCAAGUCGGCUCGAUCGAGACCGAGUCCAAGCACCAGGUGACGCUCUUGGAGACCAAGACCAUGAACCGGUUGGAGGAACUGCAGAGGACACUAGAUACCCUGCAGAUGAAGCGGGACUCGGACUGGCAGCUGAUGGAGAGAAGUCUGACAACAACAGUGGAGUCUACAAUUAGCAAGAGGGACAGAAAGCAGGAACUUUUUGAGCAGAAGAUAUUGAACCGUCUGGAAGACAUGGAAAAGAAACUCAUGCUGCAGGAGGGAACCAUCCGCACCAUGUCGGACGAGUUGCACGCCCUGCUGGGCGACAAAAUCAAGAAACUUGAAGCGCGACUCCAGCAGCGGCAGGAGGCGCUGCAAGGGGAGGUGAAGCGAGACCUGGAGGAGAUGGGGGAACAGAACGAGAGCGGAUUCAAGCGGGUCAAGGACAGCAUGGCCACCAUGCGGAUAGUGCUGGAGGGCAAGCAACAACUCCUGGCCGAGAACCUUCAGAAGCAGGUGGCCAACGUGAAGAAGCUAGUGGUACUCACGUAACAAAAGUGCCUGUCCUGACU